AUGCCUGCAUUCCCUGGCGUAACAAGUGUUGAACACUUAAAGACAAUGCCAUCACCCCGAAUUAUAAAGACACAUCUACCAGUUGAUCCACUCCCAAAAUCUUUCUGGGAGAACAACUGCAAGAUGAUUUAUCUGGCUCAAAAUGCUAAGCAUGUUGCUGUCUCGUUUUAUCAUUUUGAUUUAAUGAAUAGUCUACAACCUCUGCCUAGCACCUGGGAAGUGUAUCUGCAGAAAUCCCUAGCUGGAAAUGUGACUCAUGGUUCAUGGUUCAAUCAUAUUAAGAGUUGGUGGGAAAAGAAGAAAGAGCAUCCACUACUUUUCUUAUACUAUGAAGUUUUGAAACAGAAUCCAAGAGAAGAAAUCAAAAAGAUUGCCAGCUUUCUACAAAAGACCUUGGAUGAAGAGACCUUGGACAGGAUCAUCCAUCACACUUCCUUUGAAAUUAUGAAGGACAACACCUUGGUCAAUUAUAUCCAUCUUCCCUCAUCAUUGAUGGAUCACAGCAAGUCCCCUUUCAUACGAAAAGGUGUUGUUGGUGACUGGAAGAAUUACUUCAUAUCUCUGGUUAGGGAGAUAGUUGCUUCAUAG